AUGUCUGGAGCGAAGAAAAGAAAGUAUUCAGAUGAAUAUAUCAAGUAUGGCUUCACUGUUACAGAGAGGAAUGGAAUUCAUCUCCCUCAGUGUGUCAUAUGCCAUGCAGUCCUCAGUAAUUACGCCUUAAGACCUGGUCGUCUGGAGCGACAUUUGAGCACAAACCACAAAGAAUUAAAAGAAAAGCCAAAGGAGUUCUUCACAGCCAAACUACAUGAGCUGAGUCCUCUUUGCUCAGAUCUGGGCACUGGUUACAAGGCUCUCCUGUUUCACACGGAAGUCCGCUGGCUUUCCAAGGGAAACAUGCUGAGUCGUCAUUACGAGCUCAAGGAUGAAAUGGAAAUUUUCUUGCAGAAGCAGAAACAAGAGAAACUAAAACAUGAGCAGUAUGACUUGACAAAAGAAGUUUUAUCACAUCUGGAUUCCCUUGCUGAGGAAUUUAUGCACUAUUUUCCAGAUGUCAAAAUGGAGAAUUCUCUUUGGACAUUAGUGCAGAAUCCAUUUAACACUGGUGUGGAAUUGUUACUGGAGUCACUGCAAGAGGAAGCCAUCGAUUUGAAAUGUGACUCAAGCGCGAAAAGGGACUUUGAAACAAUGAAGUUAGAAGAGUUUUGGGUGAAAUAUCACCCUAUGUACCAAAAAGUAGGUGAAGAAGCACUUCGUGUGAUUCUUCCCUUUUCUUCUACUUAUCUUUGUGAAGCAGAGUUUUCAGCUCACGUUGUCCUGAAAACAAAACAGCCCAACCGACUUGAUGUAGAAAAUGACUUGCAUUGUGCGCUGUCAUCCUUCAAUCCUAGAAUUUCUAAUCUUGUGAGGAAAAAGCAGCAGCAUACAUCUCACUAA